ACUACCUGCGCUGGAAACUCGGAGGAUGAAAUACGGAUAGCUUGUGGCUUCAUAUAAGCUGACCUGAUCCUCUGUCGGGUCGCGCUAUUAUCUGAAGCACUACUUGCAUGCUAUCGAUCGAUUCAAAGCUUCCCUGUAUAGACCUGAUCGAAUUCGACCUGACCAACUAUGUUCCUCACGAUCUUUGCCUCUCCGUGGCUGCUUCUGGCCCUCCCUGUGCUCUACUACCUGCUUCCAUAUAUCCGCAACUGGCAGAUUCGAAAGGUUCCAGGACCAUUUCCAGCUCAAUUUACCAACCUAUGGCUACUCCUACAGUGUCGACAGGGAAAGAGAUAUCUUAGUGUAGACAAGGCACAUGAAAAAUAUGGUACCUUGGUCAGGAUCCAGCCAGACCAUGUCAGUGUUGCGGACGCGGACGCCAUUCCUCAGAUAUAUGGUCAUGGCAAUGGUUUCCUGAAAAGUGAAUACUAUGACGCCUUUGUGUCUAUAAAACGUGGUCUCUUCAAUACUCGCGACCGAGCCGAGCAUACGCGCAAACGCAAGACCGUAUCGCAUACAUUUAGCCAGAAGUCUGUCGGACAAUUUGAACAAUACAUCCACCAUAACUUGGAAGAGCUCGUUGCGCAAUGGGAUCGCAUUGCAGGCCCAAAGAAGGGCGAUUACGUCGAUAUGGAUGCUCUGCAUUGGUUCAACUAUCUCGCAUUUGACAUCAUUGGAGAUCUUGCUUUCGGUGCGCCUUUUGGCAUGCUCAAAGAAGGCAAAGAUGUAGCAGAAGUGCGCGAAACUCCCACAUCGGAGCCAAAAUAUGCGCCUGCCAUCGAGGUCUUAAACAGAAGAGGUGAAGUCUCUGGAACAAUUGGGUGUCUCCCCGCCAUCAAACCUUAUGCGAAGUACAUACCAGACCCCUUUUUCUCCAAAGGCGUCCAAGCUGUGCAGAAACUUGCCGGUAUAGCUGUUGCCCGCGUGAAUCAACGGCUGAAUGCCGAGGAGCCCUCCGACCGCGUCGACCUCCUUGCACGCCUCAUGGAAGGCAAAGACGAAAGCGGCCAAAAGCUCGGCCGUGAAGAACUCACCGCCGAAGCUCUAACCCAACUCAUCGCCGGCAGCGACACCACCUCCAACACCUCCUGCGCCCUGCUCUACCACGUUCUCCGCACCCCGGGCGUCCAGGAGAAACUCCAGCAAGAACUCGAUGCCGCGCUCCCAGACAUCGACGUCGUCCCGCAGUUCAGCAUGGUCAAGGACCUGCCCUACGUCGACAACGUCAUCAAGGAAACCAUGCGCAUCCACAGCACCUCCUCGCUCGGCCUCCCGCGCGUCGUUCCCCCUGGUCAGGGCAUCACGCUCGUCGGCCAGCACUUCCCCGCCGGCACCGUGCUCAGCGUACCCGCGUACACGAUCCACCACAGCAAGGCGAUUUGGGGUCCCGACGCCGACGACUUCGUGCCCUCGCGCUGGGAGACCGUGUCGGAGAAGCAGAAGAAUGCGUUUAUCCCGUUUAGCUACGGGCCACGCGCGUGUGUGGGGCGCAAUGUUGCGGAGAUGGAGCUCUGCCUGAUCGUUAGCACCGUAUUUCGGCGCUAUGAAUUUGAGCUGCGGCAGGGUGAGAUGGAGACGCGUGAGGGGUUCUUGAGAAAGCCGUUGGGCUUGAAUGUGGGCAUGAAGAAGAGGCUGAAGUGAGGGCUGACAGUGUUGUGGUUGAUGACUGUGACGACAAUGAUGAUGAUAUUCAUUCAUAAUACGGGCGGGAUAUUGUGGGAUUGCAUGUAUCACGAAAGUGACCCCCAGUUUUAUCAGUAAUACUUGAGCGUUGGCGAGGCUUUCUCUUUUUGACAAAAGUAAUCUAAAUCUUAAUAUCAACGAAUCAAAUCUCAC